GAGACAGUCGGAGUGAGGGGAACAGGUUGAAAAGAGCCCAGAGCUCCUUUUAUCAAAUACUCUCGGUUGCAGCUUGUAACCGGACCUAACCCGCAAGCUGGAAGGGCUCAGUGCAGCGUGGGUGCCCAGGGAUCCACUGCCUGAGUGUGGGGAGAACAGCGGCCGAGACCCCGAAGAGAUGAACCACACCAAGGGCGGCCUGGUCAUCUUCACAGCCAACUCCCACCCCUCGAGCCGCGAGCUGGGCAAGCGGAUCGCAGAGCGGCUAGGGGUGGAGCUUGGCAAGGUGCAGGUGUACCAAGAAGCUAACAGAGAAACGCGUGUGCAGAUUCAAGAGUCGGUGCGGGGCAAAGAUGUCUUUGUUAUCCAGACAGUAUCCAAGGAUGUGAACACCACCAUCAUGGAGAUGCUGAUCAUGGUGUACGCCUGCAGGACUUCCUGUGCUCGAAGCAUCACGGGUGUGCUGCCUUACUUCCCCUACAGCAAACAGUGUAAGAUGAGGAAAAGGGGCUCCAUCGUCUCCAAGCUCAUUGCCUCCAUGAUGUGCAAGGCCGGCCUCACCCACCUGAUCACCAUGGACCUCCAUCAGAAAGAGAUUCAGGGCUUCUUCAACAUCCCAGUGGACAAUCUGAGAGCUUCACCAUUCCUGCUGCAAUACAUACAAGAAGAGAUCCCAGACUACAGAAAUGCUGUUAUUGUUGCCAAAUCUCCAGCGUCUGCUAAAAGGGCUCAAUCCUUUGCCGAGCGGCUGCGUCUGGGCAUCGCGGUGAUCCACGGCGAAGCUCAGGACGCAGAGUCAGACCAGGUAGACGGGAGGCAUUCGCCACCUACUGUCAAGACCACUGGAGCCAUUCAUCCUAGCAUGGAGAUACCGCUGCUGAUCCCUAAAGAGAAGCCUCCCAUCACCGUGGUAGGAGACGUGGGGGGACGCAUCGCCAUCAUAGUGGAUGAUAUCAUUGAUGACGUGGACAGUUUUGUGGCGGCGGCAGAGACGCUGAAGGAGAGAGGGGCCUACAAGAUCUUCGUCAUGGCAACUCAUGGCCUCCUCUCCUCCGAGGCCCCCCGGUUCAUUGAGGAGUCGGCGAUUGACGAGGUGGUGGUGACCAACACGAUUCCGCACGAGCUCCAGAAGCUCCAGUGUCCAAAGAUCAAGACGGUCGACAUCAGCAUGAUCCUGUCGGAGGCCAUCCGCCGCAUCCACAACGGAGAGUCCAUGUCCUAUCUGUUCCGCAACAUAGGAGUGGACGACUGAAUGCCCACACACACACACACACACACACACACACACACACACACACACACACACACACACUUGCCUUCUCAGACCUCCUCGAUAACAUAGAGCUGCAUAAACAUCGUCUGCAAACUGACACAUGAAUAUCCCGUUUGCAUCAUAUCAUAUAACAACGAACGCUAACCCCUUUCCUUUGAGUGCAGCUUAACAUAGAAAACGAGUGAAUACGCAGACGCCCAGACGUUAUUUUAACAAAGCCCUGUCUCCCUGCUGUGACUGAAUACACACACUUGUUGUGGAUCUGUGUCCCGAGUGGACGAGCGCUCUCCUCAGUAUCUUUAGUCACCUCGACAUCGGUCUUUUUAGUUUUCCUCCAUAUGACAUGAUGUCGAGCGAGUGUGUUAGAAGACAUGUUAGUGCUGAUUUUGAAUGUCUUUUUUGUGAUAUCGAUUCGAGAAGAUUGUACUGAUAGUGUCAGUGCCUUCUGCAGGACUUAUUAACAAUAAACACGCCUUCAUAUCCACCUCAAACAACACCAGAUCUGCUAAACCCUUCUGUAUAUUUACUCCUGAAACAUGACAGUUCACAGCUAAUUCACUUGUUUUUUUUAGUGUGUUUCUUUUAAAACCAUCCGUUUUUAUCUCUGUGGUGUGUAUGUCAAUGCAAUCCACGCAUCUGUGUGGUUUCCAUCACACGCAAGUGUCAAAUUGACUGAACGUUCAACUGGAUUUAAAGUUAAAUAAUUAGAUGGAAUUCAGUAGGAGACAUCAGUUCCAUAGCCAUCCGUAGAACAUGUGCCAUGUGUUCAGUUUGUUCACACUCCAGUCCCUUCGAGCCAGAAAUCACACAAAAUCAAGUUUUCUACAAGUUCAGGUUCACAUUUUAAAGUUCUGAAAAAAGCAUAUCAGCCUGUCAGAAAGUAGAAAAUUGUUACUCAUUUGGAAAUGUAUGAAAUUAUUUCUGGAUCACUGCGGAAAAGACCAAUUUAAGAUUGUUCUCAUGUUACAUUCAAGAUACACACUGCGGCUAAAGCUGGAAAAAAAUUCUCACAAGCAAAACUUGACAGAAGCAGGUCUUUGUCACUUUGCCAGAUGUUCCAAAAAUGUUUUGUAUUUAUUUUCUGCACUUGAUAUGAAUAAAUAUGACCUACAAAAGGU